AUGCUCGUCUGCUGGCCUAAGAUUUGUCCGGUAAUACAUUUCGCUGGGGUCCUUUUGAGUCGGUCGUUUACGAAGCUUCAAAUCGGUCACCUUAGCCAUUUUGGUGGUGGCGGGUGUAAGGUCUUAAUCAAAGCGAAGGAACGGUUCCAUUGCUUGUCUGCUACCAGAAUCAUCACCACUGCUGUGGUCGACAAUUUCAAGAGCUCCUCACAUUUUGGGACUGGAGUUGGAGCCACAUCGAGACGGUUAGGACGUAAAAGAAUGACGGAUGAAAAUCAUGGGGGAAUGGCUGAGUCCACGUGUAGUACAAGUGGCGACGAAGAAAAGGUGUGCAUAUUGGAUGCUGGGGCACAGUAUUGUAAAGUGAUCGACCGAAAGGUAAGGGAAUUAAUGAUUAAAGCUGAUAUUCUACCUCUGGACACCCCGGUAACUCGUUUAAAAGAACAACACUACAGUGCAGUUAUUAUUUCCGGGGGACCGAAUUCUGUGUACGCCGAAAAUGCACUCACUUACGACCCGAAUUUAUUCCGAUGCGGUCUACCUAUUCUGGGCAUCUGUUACGGCAUGCAGAUGAUGAAUAAAGAGUUCAAGGGAACAAUCGAGAGUAAACAGAUACGGGAAGAUGGACAGUUCACAAUCACAGUCGACCAGACCUGUCCAAUUUUCAAAGAUCUCCAUCCUAAACAGCAAGUAUUACUCACCCAUGGUGACAGCGUGGCAAAAGUGGCGGAAGGAUUUAAAGCUGUGGCCACGUCGGGAGACAUAAUUGCUGCCAUUGGUAAUGAUCAACUGCGUAUAUACGGGGUCCAGUUUCACCCUGAAGUCGAUCUUACGGAAAAUGGACAAGACAUGUUGAAAAAUUUUUUGUACCACGUGUGUGGGUGUCGCGCUGAUUUCACUCUUGACUCACGGGAAUCGAUAUGUAUCGAACAUAUUCGUCAGGUCGUUGGCAAUAAAAAGGUUCUAAUGAUGUUGAGUGGAGGGGUAGAUUCUACCGUGUGUGCUGCCUUACUUAGAAAAGCCCUCCACGGAGAUCGGAUUGUAGCCAUCCAUAUCGAUAAUGGUUUCAUGAGAAAAUCAGAAAGUAGCCAAGUGGAAGAAUCUCUAUCCAAAAUUGGUGUCAAAGUUAAAGUAAUUCGAGCAGCUCAGACGUUCUAUCAUGCCACUACAACUCUCCCCAUUAACAAGAAUGACCCUGAGUCGGCCAGACGACAAACUAAUGCUUUGAACAACACAUGUAACCCCGAAGAAAAGCGUAAAAUUAUUGGGGACACGUUUAUAAAAAUAACUGACGAUGUCCUUAAAGAAAUGAAUUUGAACCCUGAAGAUGUUAUCCUUGGUCAGGGAACACUGAGACCCGACUUGAUUGAAAGUGCCUCAUCUUUGGCUAGUUCGAAAGCCUCGGCUAUUAAAACCCAUCAUAACGACACUGAAUUGGUCAGAAAACUUCGGAGUGUGGGUCGCGUAAUUGAGCCCUUAAAAGAUUUUCAUAAGGAUGAAGUUCGAAUUCUUGGUAAAGAGUUGGGUCUUCCACCCGAAUUAGUACAAAGACAUCCUUUCCCGGGCCCUGGGCUUGCCAUUCGCGUGAUAUGCGCCGAAGACCGUUACAUGGAAAGAGAUUUUGACGAAACUAACCAACUUCUAAAGAUUAUAAUCAAUUUUAACAACGCCCUGAAAACUUCCCCACAUUACUUGGAUGUAGUCAAGGAGAAAUUACCACCCAACGAACAAAGUCAGCUGUCUGCACUGACCACUGGGGUAGAAGGCAUGGGUGCUCACUUGUUACCCAUAAAAAGCGUGGGAGUCCAAGGUGACCACAGAACUUACAGUUAUGUGGCCGCUUUGUCGGCUGAUGGCAAACCUAAAUGGGAAACCCUGAUGAAGUUGGCCAAAUUUAUACCAAAAAUCUGUCACAACAUCAAUCGAGUUGUGUACGUGUUCGGGGAAAGAGUUCGAUAUCCAAUCAAAGAUAUCACUCCAACUUUUCUAUCGGAAGAUGUCCUUGCCACCUUACGACAAGCUGAUUAUGUGGCUAGCAAAACUCUACAAGAUUCGGGCUACAUCUCGAAACUCAGCCAGAUGCCAAUCAUCAUCUGCCCUGUUCAUUUUGAUCGCGACCCUGUCAAUUUUCAACCUUCCACUAAAAGAUCGAUAGUGAUUAGGACUUUUAUCACAAAUGAUUUUAUGACUGGUGUCCCAGCAACUCCUGGCACGGCUCGUCUACCCGAAGAAGUACUCAGUUCGAUGGUUGACGGUAUUUUGAGUACGGUACCCAGCAUUUCUCGGGUGAUGUAUGACCUCACAGCCAAACCACCAGGUACAACUGAAUGGGAAUAA